GCAUUGAUAAAAAGAGGGUGCGAACUCUUCUUCCGACAUGUUUCACCCUUUCUACCUUUCAUUCACCAACCUACAUUCGACUUCACAAACUUGCCGGAAGCACUGCUCAUGGGCAUGCUCAGCGUAGGUCUGCAAUUUGAACUCGAGGGAGAGACAAAUGCGAGUGUCCCUGCGCAAGCAUUCAGACGCGGAAGAGAGCUCCUAAGCCGUUUGGAAGUAUCAGAAGAGCUGUUGUUCGCAAGAAACAUCCAUACUAUACAAGCUUACCUACUGUUGGAGCUUUAUGCCGCAAUUUACUCUGGAGGACAAGACACUACUGUCGGGCUACAGAUGCAUCAUAAGUCUGUUGAGAUGUUACGGUCUGACGGAGCCUCUCACCGUCCAAUCAAGUGCAACAGAGGAUUUGGAUGCACUUUGGAUACAGUUUGUUCGCUGCGAAAGCCACAAGAGCUAGAUGUCUAUUGGUACGACACACUUUCACAACCGCGGCUCCUUUCCCAUCUCGAGAUCAAACACGACCUUCCAUGUUCCGAACAAGUUUGGUCAUGCGCAUCCUCAACUCAGUGGGCUCACCAAGCAUUGACUCGACAGAGCUCGAGAUCGCCGACAAAAUACGUCACGACCAUACAGGAUUGUCUCUCACCGACUACUGUCUUCGAUGUCUCCACUCUAGAACCCUAUGGUGCUUUGAUGGUUGUGCUCUUCUUGCUCAGUAGUGCUCGAGAGUUAUCUGGCUGGACAACAAUGACUGGCAGAAUCUGCUUUGAGCGAUUCGACGCCUUGAAUGCAAGUCUUUUGGCUUUCGAGCCUCUGACAGAGAAAUUUNUGGAUGACGAUCCAAUGGCUGUUCUCAUGAAAUCGACUUGGCAUAUGGCCAUGAUCGAAUUACUACACUGGUCGCAUACCCACACUAAUGGGGUCGUAGAGGCUAGCCUUGACGCGGCGUUUGCGGCGGCG